CUUAGGAUCGCAAUCAUCGGUGCAGGCAUUGCUGGUCUUGCAACUACAAUCGCACUCCAAAAACAUAAAGGCAUCGAUGUACAACUCUACGAAAGAGCUUCCGAACUCCGGGAGAUAGGUGCCAGUAUAGCCUUGGGACCAAAUGGCAUGAAGACUUUAGAAAGGCUAGGUGUCCGUGAAGCACUUUCCGAUGAACUUGCAUUUCGAAACGAGUCUGGCUUUCCCAUGGUAUAUCGGCAUUGGAAGACAAAUGAAGUAAUAUCGGUGGACGAACAUCAUGGCGACAUUGCCUAUCGACAUCGCACGAGUAGAUUCUAUCGAGCACAUUUGCAACAAGCUUUGGCAGCGCAUGUUGAUCCAGAAAGAAUCCAUCUCAAUAGAAAAUUUGUAGCUCUCGCUGAAGUCCAGGGGACAGGAGAAGUCCUCAUCUCCUUCGCAAACGGUUCCACAACUUCCGCAGACAUCGUCCUGGGCGCAGACGGCAUCCACUCGGCAGUCCGACAGUCCUUCGUCCCAAAAUCUCAACCAAAAUGGACAGGCUGGGUAGCCUUCCGAUCCAUCUUCUCCGCCGACCUCGUCUCCCACAUUCCCGGAGUCCUCGACGGCGCCUGUUUCUGGUGGAGUCAGAAUCGGACAUUUUUCUCCUCGAAACUCGGCAAGAAUCUCUUCACCAUCGUGGGCGGAAACUACAGCGAUCCUGACGCGCCCGACGCUCUGUACAAAACAUCGACAUGGAACUCUGAAGGCGACUUGAAAGUCCUCAAAGACUUUUAUCAAGACUGGCAUCCGACCAUCAGACAAAUGAUCGACGCUUCGCCGUAUACGAGAAUGUAUCCCAACACUUUCGCUCCUGCGCUCGAUACCUGGCUUCACGGAAAUUGCAGCAAUGUGACAUACGCUGGUGACGCAGCUCACGCGCACGGAGGGGCUUUUGCUGCAGGAGGAUCUUUGGCGUUGGAUGAUGCUUGGGCUUUUUCGCGGGCGGUUUUUCACGUUUACCCUCCUACCAGUACAGAGAAGCCGUCGAGAAAGGAGAUUACGACGGCUUUGAAAAUUUAUGAGAGGACGAGAAAGCCGCAUGCGGAUCGCGUGUUGGCGACUGUGUAUGCGAAUAAUCGGAAAGCUGUGGAGAGACUUGGGCGGGAUGAGAGUGAUGAAGAGCUGAAGACUAGGAUGAGGAAUCGGAUGGAUCCGUUUUGGAUUCAUGAGCAUGAUGUUGAGGCGAGUUUUGAAAGAGUUGUGGAAGAGAUGGAGGGU